AUGAUUUUCCGGAGUUUACCCUUUCCCCAUCAGCUUUUUCAAACCACCGCCUCCCACUUGCCCCCGCUCCUCCGUCCACUCUCUCCCUCCGCCCCUCCGCCGCCGCUUCCGCAGCCGAAACUCCUCCGCCGCAGCCUCAAGCUGCCCCUCUGCGUCGAGUCCCUCGACGCCGCCCAGCCGUACGACUACGAGGCCCAGCUCUGAUCCCACUUCCACGAGUCCUCCUCCCUGAAGAUCGCCAUCCUCGGCUUCGGCAACUUCGGCCAAUUCCUCGCCAAGACCUUCCUCUCAGGCCACACCAUCCUCGCCCACUCCCGCUCCGACUACUCCGCCGCCGCCGCCGACCUCGGCGUCGCCUUCUACCGCGACCCGCACGACCUCUGCGAGCAGCACCCGGAGGUCGUCCUCCUCUCCACCUCCAUCCUCUCCACAGAGCGCGUCCUCCGCUCCAUCCCCUUCCAGUGGCUCAGACGGAGCACCCUUUUCGUCGACGUCCUCUCGGUCAAGGAGUUCCGCGACCUCUUGCUCAAAUUUCUGCCCGCCGAGUUCGACGUCCUGUGCACGCAUCCCAUGUUCGGGCCCGAGAGCGGCAGGCAUUCGUGGGCGGGCUGCUUCGUGUACAAUAGGGUUAGGAUUGGGGACGGGGUCGAUAGGUGCGAGAAAUUCUUGGAUAUCUUUGCCAUGGAGGGUUGUCAGAUGGUGGAGAUGAGCUGCGCCGAGCACAAUCGGCACGCGGCCGGGUCGAAGCCAAGCAUCAAAGAAAAUCCUAGAACAAGCAAGAGAAGUCAAUGA